AUGGCGGCUACAAGGAGGUUGCAAAAGGAACUUGGUGAUAUUCGUAUGUCUGGCUUAAAAGCAUUUAGGGAUAUUCAAGUGGAUGAAAGCAAUAUGCUUACAUGGCAGGGACUCAUUGUGCCGGAUAAUCCUCCUUACAAUAAAGGUGCCUUUAGAAUAGAAAUAAAUUUUCCAGCUGAAUAUCCAUUUAAACCACCAAAAAUUAAUUUUAAAACAAAAAUAUAUCAUCCAAAUAUCGAUGAAAAAGGUCAAGUUUGCCUCCCUAUAAUAUUAGCAGAAAAUUGGAAACCAGCUACAAAAACAGAUCAAGUUAUUCAAGCUUUAGUAGCUUUAGUAAAUGACCCAGAGCCAGAACAUCCACUUCGUACAGAAUUAGCAGAAGAAUUUUUAAAAGACAGAAAAAAAUUUAUAAAAAAUGCAGAAGAAUUUACUAAAAAGCAUAGUGAAAAACGGCCAUCAUUCUCUGAUUAA